GCAUCGUCUAUCUGCCCCAGCUUACAUCACCGCCACACAACCACAAAGUUAAACCGAUUUCCCACCCGAACGGUCAGCAGCCAGCCGCGCACCAAGAAACCAGGAGAGACCACGACGCAGCCAGCCAUGAGCGCGUCCGAGCAGGAGGAGGAGAUCGCCGGCCCCGUCGCCGUCAGGAGGAGGCGGGACGGCAAGGAGGCGGCGCCGGCCAACGAGGAGCCGGCGCUCGCGGCGCUGGCCGACGACGUGCUGCUGCAGAUCCUGGGCCGCCUGGAGGAGGACCCGCGCGACUGGGCGCGCGCCUCCUGCGCCUCCCCGCGCCUCGCCGCGCUCCUCCGGGCCGCCUGCUUCCCGCCGCGCGUCUCCCAGGCGCUCCCCGCCGAGCUACUCCCGGCGGACGGCGCCCCCGCCGCGUGGGCCGCGCUCCACAAGAUGUCCGUCUGCUGCCCCGGCCUCCUCCGCGCCGGGAUCCUCCUCGAGCCCUCCGACGACUUUGGCCUCGAGCUCGACAUCGGGCCCGACCUCACCGUCCCCGCCUCCUCCUCCUCCUCCUCACUCGAACCCACAGCCACCUCCGAGCCAAGAACCACCGCGCUGCCGAACCCCAGCGACCCACCGGCCACCGCCGACGCCACCAUGUGGUCGCUCUACGAUGACCUGUACCUCGACGCGGCGUACGACUGCACCUCCGAGUCGCACACCCCCGCCGCCCCCGCCCCCGCCGCACCGGCAGACUCGCCCCCACAACCAGCACCAGCACCAGCACCCAAUGCCGUCCGCCGCGGCGUGGCGUCGGGGACCCGCCGGCGCCCGCGGAGGUGGCUGGGCCCCGUGGGCGCGCACCUGGCGUCGGGCUCCCGGACGCUGAGCCGCGAGCAGGGCAACAAGCUCCUGGCGAGCCGCUUCCGGGGCGACCGGCUCUACAUCUGCGACUGGCCCGGGUGCGUGCACGCGGAGGAGCGGCGCAAGUACAUGGUCUUCCGCGGCGUGUUCCAGGACUUCGCGCGCUCCCAGGUGCGCCGCGCGCUCCGGGACACGCGCCGCCCCACCGUCGCCCUCGACUGCGCCUUCUGCGGCUGCACCGAGGCGUGGGACCUCUACUCCGCAUUCUGCCUCCGGAGCUUCUACGGCUACCACGACGACGGCGAGCCCGUCGUGCGCGCAUACGUCUGCGAGAACGGACACGUCGCCGGCGCCUGGACCGAGCGCCCGCUCUACUCCUGAGCACUGACUCUCUCCUCCGCUGGCGACAACAAUGGCCGGCGUGCCACGCUCUGCCGUCGUGGAUCUACGCGAGCUCUGAGAUCGUGCGCUAAGAUCGACCUAGGCACACCUAUGGAGGUUCCCGGUAAAGGUUCCACGGAGAUGCCACCAUGUUGAUCGUGGAAGAAGAAGAAGUUUGAAGUUGUCUUGUUAUGUCUCACUAGUGUCGACGAACUAAUGUUUGCUGUUAGGAAUGCAUUUCACUGCCAACUUUCUUUUCUAACAUCCACAUGAAUAGAGCUGAAAACCCCGUAUAAAAACAUGGUUGUAACUCAUAGCCUCAUGUUUGUUUAGGUGUUCUAUAGAAUAACACGAUUAUGUGCAUCAUGGUACUCUCCACAUUUUUUAACAAUUAUGCACUACAAUUAAGAGACUA